UAAAAGGUAGUACUUCCAAUUUGCUCUCAUUUGUUUCUCAAAAAAAAAAAAAAAAUUUGCUCACAUUUUCACAGACACACAGGUCCAGGUCGAGAGAGAAAAGUGAGUGUUUUUACUUGUAUUUUUAGAGAGAGAGAGAGAGAGAGAGCAAUGUCUUCCUUCGACGCGUACGGCAUCGAUGGCGAGGAGGAGAUUAACGUGAACGCAUCGAAUAGUCAUUUCAUUGACGACGAAGAUGAACAGAGCUUCACCGCCGCCGGCGAAGGCUAUGCUUCUUUCUCCAGCUUCCCAUCCGGAGGAUUUCCAGCUGACGGUGACGUGGCCGUCGACCACGCCUCCGCAUCGCCUGAGAUCUACGGAUUCGACGAUCCAAACCCUGGCUACUCCCAAUCUCCGUUCAACCCGAUCCACGUGGAUAAUGGAAAUGGGAACGAGAACGGUUACGCUGGUUUCGGUGAAAACGGCAUCGACGACGGCGUUUUCAGCUCCGACGGUCCGGUGCUUCCGCCACCGACCGAAAUGGAGCCAGAGGAAGGUUUUGCUCUUCGUGAAUGGAGGCGUCAAAAUGCCAUUCAGCUUGAGGAAAAGGAGAAGAGAGAGAAAGAAAUGAGAAACCAGAUUAUUAUAGAAGCUGAGGAGUAUAUUCAAGGUUUUUAUGAGAAAAGGAAGCUUAAUGUUGAGACUAGUAAGGUUAACAACAGAGAAAGGGAGAAGUUAUUCUUGGCUAACCAAGAGAAAUUCCAUAAAGAAGCAGACAAGCAGUACUGGAAAGCAAUAGCAGAGCUCAUUCCAUAUGAGGUUCCCAACAUUGAGAAGAAGAGAGGCAAGAAAGAUCAAGACAAGAAGCCAUCGAUCACAGUUGUCCAGGGCCCAAAGCCUGGGAAACCCACUGAUCUUUCAAGGAUGCGUCAGAUACUGGUGAAGCUAAAGCACACUCCCCCUCCCCACAUGAUACCACCCCCACCUGCGCCUGCUAAGGAUGGCAAAGAUGGAAAGGAUGGAAAAGAUGCUAAGAAAGGGAAAGAUGCAGCAUCAAAUGCAACGGGAGCUGCAGUGGGAGGAGAGCCUGUCAAAGAUGCCACCUCUAAUGGUACUCCAAACACUUCCGAACAAGAAGUUCCUGCUCCUAAUGCUGAAGAGUCUGCAGCAGCAUAACAAUAGCAGCAUCAAUUACUUUCUUCCAUACAAAACCUUUCUUCUUAUUUGUUGUUCUUCCCAUUUCUUUGAUUCUCGUGUUUUAAAUCUGUUAUCUUAUUCCCUAAUUCUAAAAUCUUAGAAGUUGCGAUAAUGUUUUUUCAUGGAGUAGUGGUUGGUUCCAUUUCUUCAACAUUGACUGGAAUCCUAUUUUUGCAUUUGUGUGAUAUGUUAUGGUUGAGAUUGAAAAUUGUCAUUAUUUUCACGUCAUUUAUGAAAUUGGUCUUUUGUACCAACAUUUUACCUUUGGUAAGGAUCAAA